ACCAGACCAAACCAGUAAGAAACUAAAACAACCCAAGUCAACAGACGAGAUGAGUUUGACACCUAAAGACAAGGACACAGUCAAGGCUUUCUGGGCCAAAGUGUCCGACAGAGUGGACGAUAUCGGCGCAGAUGCUCUGAACAGGAUGCUGAUGGUCUACCCACAAACUAAGACUUACUUUGCCCACUGGAAGGACCUGAGCCCCGGAUCUGCUCCGGUGAGGAAGCACGGGAAGACCAUCAUGUCUGGAGUCAGUGAUGCUGUGAGCAAAAUUGAUGAUCUGACCACGGGUCUCCUCAACCUCAGCGAGCUGCACGCCUUCACCCUGAGAGUGGAUCCUGCCAACUUCAAGAUCUUGGCCCACAACAUCCUGGUGGUCUUGGCCAUCAUGUUUCCCAUAGACUUCACCCCUGAGAUCCACGUGUCCAUGGACAAGUUCCUGUCAGCUCUGGCCCUGGCUCUGUCUGAGAAAUACAGAUGAAGAGCCAACAGGAUGCUUGACCCUCAAACUGUGUUUGACUUCAUUUAGUAAAGAAAUAAAGACAGUUAAAGUGUUA